GUUCGACGCUCCAAAGUGGGAUUUAAAAAGCGCAACUCGCUGGAGCUUGAGUGCAAACACGAUUCCUGACUUCAGAAGACGAAAUAUAAAGUGGCAAAGUUCAUCGGGAUAUAUACAUUUUUUCAUGCAUAUAAUCUUUUACUGAAGGGAUUUAUUUUCAAUCCUUUGCACAUUUUCUGUCUUGUGCAUCCUCUGCAGAGCGUGCUAGGAAGUUGCCUCGAAAAUUGUGACAGAUGUGAAAAAAGAAAAAAUGAAAUCAUAUGCCUUUUUAAAUGAUGACAGAGAAAUGUUGCAUGGGGGUAUCCUGUAGGAGGAGUUCUUUGUGACCAAACAAGUAACGGAUUUUCCCUUAUAAAAAAGGAAAUUGAGUGCCGACUGCUCAAUGAACAGCAUUACCCGGAGACCCCGCUGUACAGCAGGUCCUGGUACUAGCAGACGUGUUGUCACACACAGUCAAGAACCUGCAUCCAUCUUUUCUCAAUCUGCAGCCUCUUAUUCCAGCGUCUCUCUAAUAAGACUCGUGCUGGUGAGGCUCUCCGGCUCUCACUGACAUCAGAGCCUCUUCAAACAGCGGGUUCCCUGCUUCGCUGCCAGCCCACCAGGAGCUUCAUGGGUUGAACCACCAGAAGUUCCACAGUCUCUCCUCUCCGUUCUCUCCUCCUCCUCCUCCAACCCUGCACUGUCUACUCCCUCCACCAGCGUGAUGGCUUGUUGUGCCUCGGGCUUUUUUGGACCUCCAACCUCCGCUGCAUCACCCUCCACUGCACAGACUAGCGGACGCAGCAGCCACUAGAGAGAAAAGAUACAGAGAGACAGAGAGAGAAAGAGAGCAGCAGCACAAACAAGAGAGAGAGAGAGGAGGGAUCUUGUGUUUCUGCAGCAGAGAGAGGAUCCACCUGUCCCACAGAGGAAGGGCCCCCCCCCCCACCUGAUCCAUCUGGUCGCAGGGGGGGACCCUGAAGGCAACAGGGACUAUGCAGCUGGGACUGGUGGCGCUGGCAAUGGUCUUCCUCGGCUCCAUGGGUCACAACGAUGCUCUGAAGCUCUCCAAGGCGAGAAGGCAGAGACGGGUUAGUACUGAGGGGCCACCAUCUUGCCCCAAAGGCUGUGACCGAUGCUCGGAGUAUAACGGCUGCAUUAAAUGCAGACCCAAGCUCUUCAUAUUCCUGGAGCGCAACGACAUCCGUCAGAUAGGCGUGUGCCUCGCCUCCUGCCCCAUGGGAUACUUUGGCAUGAGGAACCCAGAAGGCAACAACAGAUGCACCCAAUGUAAAAUAGACAAUUGUGAAGCCUGUUUCAAUCGCAAUUUUUGCACAAAAUGUAAGGAGGGCUUGUAUUCACACAGUGGGCGAUGUUAUGUCAGCUGCCCUCCAGGCCAGCGCACCGCCAACGAGACCAUGGAGUGUGUCGGUCAGCGACCUGCAGAGUGUGAACUGGGCGAGUGGAGCCAAUGGGGUUCCUGUAUGAAGAAGAACAAAACAUGUGGAUUUAAGAAAGGCUCGCAGUCUCGGGUUCGCAUGCCCGUCCUGCAGGUCCACAGCCCAGACACCUCCCCGGCCUUUGUUCCCUCGCAGACCUGCACUUCAGUGACGGAGCGGAGGAAGUGUGUUGUGACCAAGACGCCGUGUGCGAGAGAGAGGAAGAGUAAGGGAGACGAUGCAAACAGGAGGGAGAGGGAGAAUGCACGCGGGAGAGGACGAGACAGCGGCGGAGGAGGAGGAGGAGGAGGAGGAGGAGGAGGAGGAGGAGGAGGAGGAGGAGGAAAGAGGAGGAAAGGCCAGAGCAGGACCACCACUGCUCCCAGCAUCACAACCAGCUCUGUCAGUUAAACAGCCAUCGGCUGCUGGAUGAGGCCGAGAGAAAACCAGAGACAAUGCCUCAGCCAGCAGCACCAGCCAUAGACAAAGUGAUGAAGGAAUGGAUUCAUGCUGCUAUGCAUUGUAGAAGAUGCAAAGAGAACUGGAGGAUUGCUGCAACACAAAAAGGCCUCAAUGAGCCUUUUUGAAUUGAUGAACAUAUCUGGAAGAUACUGGUGUUCAGAAAGAGGUUUUUCAUUCCAGCAUGGAGGGAUGAUCACUGUUGGACUGCAAAGCCACGCUGAAGAUUUGUGUCGCUUCUUGAACUAAAGAGCAGAUUCCUGCGUUUUUAAAUGCAGCAUUCGAGCUGAAAAAAAGUCUGAAAAUGAAUGAAGGGUCUCUCUUCCGUCUCCUUUGGUCUGUGACGUGUUUUGUUCCAGUCUGAUUUUAAUCACAGUGUGUUCUUCAUUUGUUUGUGAGAGGUGGCAGAUGGAUUUUUUCAACAGCCGCUGUACGUGACAUAAUUAAGUCUUUGUACCUUUAUUUCCUAUUGUGAGAUGAAACAAAAAAAAAGAAAGGCACUGGAAAUCAUUUGUGGUUGUUGAGGACAGAGAGUCUUCUACAAAGUAUAUUAUUUCGAGGAGGGAAUCUAUUACAAAACAAGCCUAAGAGAAGAUGCAGGAGGAUUACUCGCUCGUAUCCUUCUCUGAUUUCUUGCUAUUUGAUCGUCGUUUGAUCCGAAGUAAAUGUUGGUGUUUGUAUCAGAAAAUAACUCUGCACAGAAGAUGAGGAAUAAAAACAUGACGAUUUGCAUGUUUAAAAGGUUGCAUGUGCGUGCCUUUGUGUACGCAAAUGUGUGUGUGUCUGUGUGUGUGUGUUCUUGUACUUCCUACAAAGUGAGGACCGGCGUUUUUAACCAAAAUUGUGAGGACAUUUUUGCAAAGUGAGGACAUUUUGGCCGGUUCUCACUUCUUUAAAGGCUUUUUUGAGAUUUAAGACUUUGUUUUAGGGUUAAAGGUUACAAAAAACUGAUAAUUGACUGAAAGUGUAUUGUGUGGUUACAAAACUAACUAAAAUUAUAGCAUAAAAUUAUAACUUUUUUCAUACAUAAUGAAGAUGGAUAAGACAAAAGGAAAUGAAGGCAAAAUUUAUUUGUGACCUCUUUUAAUCUCCCACCCAACAAACGCCCCAAAAAACUAAAACUAAUAAAAACUUAACUAAAACUAAAGCGUUUAAAAAAAAAAAAAAACUAGCAAACUCACUCAAACGAAUUAACCCAUUUAGGCCUAAAACGCCUGGAGGAAAUGCCUGUAAAACCUCUGGGCGAUUUUAAAAUAACCCCCUAAAACCUGAAGUUUUUCUGGAAAUUCAACAGAAGUGUCAACGCUUCUACUAAAUAAUAGAUUUUUCAGCCUCUGUAGCAGAUAGAAAUGAAAUUCAAAAAGUAUUUGAGAGCUUAUAGCUGUGGCUUCCAUCAGAAGUUUAGUGUAUUUGUCCAAACCUUCAAUAAAGUUUAAAAAAAACAAAACAAUCUGUUGCGUUGCGACACUCCCACAUGUAUUCUGAUGCAUUUCAUUGGCCAAGAGACUGAAAAUAGGUGGAAAAAACUACAAAUGCUACAAAACGACGUAUCCUCUUUCCCAGCUUUAAUGGUGGAAUAACUCAACAGCGCCCCCCUGGAUUUAAUGGUAGAAAUGCGGUAAUGCUUUCCGGGCUUAAAUGGGUUAAAACUAACUGGAUUUGAAAACAUAAAUUUCAAC